ACCUGGGAAUGUAAACACAGAAGAUGGCAAGUGAGACGUCGCCCCCUUGUUUAACCUGCUAAUUACACGAGAGACAUCAUGGCUGAAAGGAAAUUUACUCGUGGCUUGGGCAAGCCAGGAAUGGCUGCCCAAGUACGAGAAAAUGUGUCUCAGGCAGUGAAGGCAACAGCCACACAGGUUAAACCUAGAUUAGCAGACUCAAUAGACUUUGAAGAAUACAUCACCAAAAAUAAAGUUAUGCUCAGUAAUGACCCUCUGAGGGAGCUGCUGAUGUACCCUAUCGAUGACAUAACAUACUCAGUCGUCCCAAGGGUAACAAGAACUCUACAGUCGUUAGCGGCUGUUUACCUUAAGGACGAAGUGACCAAUCCCCUCGUCCGCCAGUGUCUCACCACCUACUCUCAGGACCUGACCACAAUCACGCACAAAUACCUUCCGUACUCGGGGUCUUACCUGCACUUACCAAGGCUUCCACGUGUAGAUGAUCUGAAAGAACAAGUUUAUGAAGUGGACACAGAUAUUGAACAAGGUGAUCUGGCAAUUCUGACCAAUGGUGAGAACGUGUUGAAGAAAGGCUACCUUUUGAAAGGACCAGAAAGUGGGAAUGAAAAGAUAUUUGGAAAUUUCUCUUCAAAAACGUUUAAGAGGAGGUUUACAUGUCUGAGGCAAGAAGUUGAUGGAACAUAUCUUCUGGAGUUUCACAAAGAUGAAAGGAAACAAGAUUUGAAAGGCACAAUUGUUAUGGACUUUUGUACACAGAUUUCAAAGAACCCCAGACGAGGAAAAUGCUGCUUUGAGCUUCAGAUGUGUGAGGGAGGGAAAUCGAUCUUGCUUUCGGCCGAGAGUGAGGCCGACCUGGAGGACUGGAUGGACAAGCUGACACGCGUAAUUCAUGCAGAUAAACCUCAGGACGAGUCUAGGAUUGAAGAGGGGUGUUCAACUCCCCCCCUGUCAAACUAUGGGACCCUUCGCGGCCUAGAGCACAGCCUGAAUCCCCAGCUGAUCAAAUAUGCACACGAGACAGACUUCUCUAUAGCCCAGGCUCGCAGGGAAGACAGGCAUCAACUCUUCACCUGUUAUCACAACCUUCCUCGCACGGAAAAUGAAAAUGGCAGUGUAGAACUCAGAGAUGAGACACUAAUUUGGCCCUACAAGGAAGAAUUUGGGACGCGAUUUCGAGUUCAUUUCGAGAGCAUAAGAUUCAAGCUGCAAGCCCCAUUGGACUCGGGGGAUGGUCCUCUGUCACAGCUGGAACCAUACAUGACCUAUGCUGCCAUCUAUGACGUGAGCCAGGGCUGCAAGAUCUCCGAAGACUUUCAUUUUGACCUAAACAACCCCAUGGUGCGCAACCUUCUUCCCAAACCGAAGAAGAAGGGCGAUGAGGCCAAGGACGGAGCUGGGACCUUCCCCCUCUCCCUUGCUGGUGUGCCGGAAGAGUGGAUUGCACAUCCUAAACAGUCUGUGAUGAGUGUGCUGAGACCACACAGUGAUGUAUUUCUGGUAGUAAAGAUUGAGAAAGUGUUGCAGGGUUCCAUCAGCCAGUCUGUGGAGCCAUACCUCAAGAGUGUUGAUUCCAAGGGCAUUCAGAAGCUGCAAAGGGUCAUCAAGACAUGCUGCCAGAGGCUAGGGGAAUACCGCAUGCCUUUUGGUUGGUCUGCAAGGCCCCUAUUCAAGCACAAUGGAAGCCUUGACACCGAGUCUGAGUUCCCAGCAAUCUACCGCUGUGAGGAAAAGAGGCUUGGUGAGACAGAAUUUGUGAAAAUGUUAGCUGAUUAUCGUAAACCAGAAAAGAUGAACAAGCUGACCAUUAUACCAGGAAGCAUCAAUGUCAAAAUCCUGCCCAUGGAAGUCACACUGCCAAAUUCUCUUACGCCCACACUGGAGCCUGUGAAGCCUUUCCCAAACCCCCCGACACACGAGCCCACAGUGGAAGUGCAGGAGUUCUCAGGGCGACACAUCGAUGAUAUCCAUCCCUAUGUGAACUACAGUAACAACUUGUACGUGUACCCUCACUUUUUGAAUUAUGAGAACCAGAAGAGCUUCAAUCGGGCACGCAACUUGGUGUGCACGGUAGAAUUACGGGACUCAGAUGCGGAAGGGGCCUCCCCCCUGCGUGUCAUUUACGGCCGGCCGGGAUCGGGUGCACAGACCACACAGAUGGCCACUGUGGUCCUGCACCACAACACGUGGCCUGAGUGGGGUGACGAAGUUAAGAUUAAGCUGCCCCACAACCUCACCUCGCAGCACCACCUCCUGUUCACUUUCCUGCAUGUGGCCAUCGAAGCAGCGAAGGCGGGCAAGAAGGAUGUACCUGUGGAGACAGUUGUGGGCUACUCAUGGCUUCCCCUCUCAUGCAAGGGCAGGAUUGUGACCGAUGAACAGACACUCCCUGUAGCUGCACACCUGCCACCCAAGUACCUCUCCAUUGAGCCCCUUGGCUUGGGGAAAGGGUUUGCCGGCCCUGAAGUGCGUUGGGUAGACAGCCAGAAAAAUGUGUUCAGGGUGUCGAUGCGCUUGGUUUCCACAGUGCUCAGUGGAGACCAGCACCUCCAUAACUUCUUCCAGUCAAGUGCCUCCCUCCUACCCCCGAUUGGCAGCUCUGGGGGGGCCUCGGCAGCUUCGAGUCCCAGAUCCACUCAGCCAAUGGAUGUGGAAACACUCAAGAAUCUCAAGGCUCUUCAUGCCCUUGAAGUUGGCUCAAUAAUAGCCUUUCUACCUACACUCCUAAACCAACUUCUAGGAGUGUUACUGAAUGCUGGUGCCGAGGUUGCGACCAAUGUAACACGUGUCUUGGUGCAUGUCAUAGACCAGGUGUAUGAAGCUGGUCGAGAUGAUAUACUAAAUUCAUACAUAAAGUAUGUUAUGAACAUUUCAUCCCAUGGACGCAAAACUAUUCACGAGGAAAUGUGCCGAUCCCUUGCCCAGCUUCUCCAGCCUUCCAACAUGGACCAGUUGACCACCAACAAAAUCCUGAAGCACAGUCAGUUCUUCUUUGCUUUCAUCGCCCGCUCGAUGGCUCUGCAUUUACUCACUACAGCAAGAAUUAAGAUGGUUCGUAAUGAGCGGUUUAGUGAAGAGUACCAGGCAGAGGUCCGUUCAGUGGUUGAGCUGGUGGCUACCUACAUUGUGCAGCAUUACAAGGAGAAUCCAGUGGAAGCCAGAGCUGCCAACAUUGCCCUGGCCCACUUCCUGAAGCGCUGCUUGAGCAUGAUGGACCGAGGCUACGUUUUCAGUCUGAUCAAGAUGUACCUCGAGCACUUUAGUCCGGGAGACCCCAUUGUGCUGCACGUGUACAAGUUCACCUUGUUGCGUGUGGUGUGCUCGCAUGAACACUACAUCCCCUUGAAUCUGCCUGUGUUCAAUACACCCAUCAGUGUUGAUCCCAAGAAAGCAAAGCUGCGUCAUGGUACGGAUGAGUUUUACCUCAGCACAGACUUCUGCUCACAUCACUUCCUGGUUGGUGCUCUGCUGAGUGAAGUUCGUUCUGCGCUUGGUGAAGUGGGAGAAGUCCAGCGUGUGGCCAUUGGUGUGCUGCGUGACCUGUUAGCGAAGCAUGCAUUUGAUGAUAGAUACCUACAGUCUGGUCAGCAAGCGAGAAUUGCGAGCUUGUACUUUCCCUAUUGUGUCAGUGCUGCUGGAGAACGUCAAGCGUCUGAGUUGGCCCGAUGUCUCAAACAACUCCACAGGGUCUGCCUUGAGAAGAAUGGAUCCCAGAGCAAGUGCUAUCUGCACUUUGUAUUAGCAUACUUAACCAUCAUCCAAAUCCAUUCUGAAACUCCAAGUACUCACCCCCAAAGCAGAUCUGGCGGUGGCAGUGUGGACAUGAGCAACUACAGCACUCCAUCACGCAAGGGCUCAAGCCGCGUUGACGUGUCUAGCCUGGGCAUCCGGGCAGACCCCUCAUACCUGGCCAUUAUAGCUGGGCCAGGGGGGCUUGUGGCUAACCAGGUGAGUCUCGUCAACGGAAGGUCCAGCUCAAGCCUCGAGUCGGAGGACAACCCGCCUUCUGCCACUGCAUCAGAUUUACCUGAGGAAGACAUGGAUGAGGAAGGCUCUGAGGAUGUGAGGACUCACUCUAGGAACCUGAGUGUAGCGUUUGCAGGGGAGAGUGGCCCAGUGAGAUAUGAUAAGCUGAGUCCGGCAGAAGUGCGUGAUUUGCUGUUGUGCUUCCUGCAUACCCUGAAGCAUGUACCAGAAGCGCAUCUUGUGUCCUGGUGGGCGACAAUCAGUGUUGAGGCAUUGGAGAAGUUUUUCACCCUCCUUCAACUUUCACUACAUCACUUCAAAUAUAGUGGCAAAAGACAAAUUGUGCGAGAGCAAGCCCCAAAGAGGGCCUCAACACUACCAGCUAAGUUCCAGCCUCCAAACAUCGGCCAUAGAGUGUCAACUGCAACUGAUAGUUAUAGUGUGAGCAGCCAUGAGGGUGAGGGCUGGCUUAAAGCGUUGCAGGAAGCCAACCUGGCAACAGAGGUGGGCCUCAUUAUCCUGGACGUGCUUGGCAACUUUACCACACACUGCCGUGACAUUCUGACUUCUGACGGGGCUGAGGCCAUCAUGCAACAGGUGUUCUCUUUGCAUCUGCUGUACUUGCAGCUGGGCCAGUCGGAAACCCUGAUGAAGCAUGUGUUUGCAUCCCUCAGAGCCUUCAUCAACAAUUUCCCGCGGACGCUUUUCCAAGGCGAUGCAUCUCUCUGUGGAUCCCUCUGCUUUGAGAUGCUGAAGUGCUGCAACAGCAAGCUUACCAACUUGCGUCAUGAGGCGUGUGCUGUGCUCUACCUCCUUAUGAGGAGUAACUACGAGUUCACGAGACGGACGGGAAUCAAUAGGGUGCAUCUACAGGUAAUAAUCUCUGUGUCCCAGCUGCUUGGGGAGAUCAUAGGGCUGAACAAUUCAAGAUUCCAAGAGUCGAUGGCCCUGAUCAACAGCUAUGCUUCGAGUGACAAAGCCAUGACUAGUACAGGGUUUGUAAGUGAAGUACGAGACCUGACAAAAAGAAUCCGAACAGUCUUGGUGGCGACGGCGCAGAUGAGAGAACACGAGCGUGACCCAGAGAUGCUGUGUGACCUGCAGUACUCUUUGGCUGCCUCCUAUGCAGCCACACCUGAACUGCGCACCACGUGGCUCCAGGCCAUGGCCAAGCACCACAUCAAGAAUGGGGAUCUCUCGGAGGCUGCCUUCUGCCAGCUUCACAUAGCAGCUCUGAUGGCUGAGUAUCUUCGACACCAGGGCAGCUUCCCUGAGGGAUGCCAGGUGUUUUCUAUUAUAUCAGAAAACAUCCCCCGAGAUGAGUCGAAUUUGAGGCUUGACGCAGGUCUAGUCGAUACAGUGUUCACCAUGGACUCCCUGAUCAACCAGCUCGAGGUUGCAGGCGGAAUGGUUGAGCGAGCGGAGAGGUUCGAGCUGCUAGGUAACCUCUAUCGGAUUCUCAUCCCUAUCUAUGAGGGGCGGCGCAACUACCCUGCGCUUGUCCAGUGCUAUUCUCAUCUGUAUCAGGCUUAUUCCCGAGUGGUGGAGGUAAAUGCUUCGCAGAAGAGACUUUUGGGCCGUUACUAUCGUGUGGCCUUCUACGGACCUAGUUACUUUGAGGAUGAAGCUGGCAAGGAAUACAUCUACAAGGAACCCAAAGUAACCUCACUGGCGGAGAUUUCGGAGAGACUUUACCACCAGUACUGCGAUAAGUUCGGGAAAGAAGCUGUUAAGAUGAUCAUGGAUUCUAAUUCUGUUGAUGCGGAUGAACUUGAAUCGCGCUAUGCCUACAUCCAGGUGACGCACGUUAAUCCCUAUUUUCCCGAAGAAGAACGGAACAACAGGCAAACGGAAUUCGAACGCAACAACAACAUCAACACCUUCAUGUUCGAGACUCCCUUCACCCUAGAGGGAAAGGCGCACGGAAAAUUGGAGGAGCAGUGGAAGCGGAGGGUUAUUCUCAAGACGGACUACUUUUUCCCAUAUGUGAAGAAGAGGAUACAGAUUGUGGAGACUGAGGUGCUAGAAAUGUCUCCCAUUGAAGUUGCCAUUGAUGAAAUGGAAAGCAGAGUCAAAGAACUGUUGGAAAUCAUUAAUAAACAGCCAACAGAUGUGAAGAAAUUGCAGCUGAAGCUUCAGGGCAGCAUCAGUGUGCAGGUAAAUGCUGGGCCUCUGGCUUAUGCAUCCACUUUCCUCGAAGAAACAAACUGCUCUUCGUAUCCAGUGAACCAGGUGUCUCGGUUGAAAGAUGUUUAUAGAGAGUUUGUAUGUACCUGCAAAGAAGCCCUGGACCUAAACAGCCAGGUCAUAAACAGUGACCAGUAUGAGUAUCAGAUGGCGCUAGAGAGCAACUUCUCAGAGCUGCUUCAGUCGCUGUCAUCAAUUCUGAACGAACCGCUGCUGGCUGCUCAGAUUGCUGUGGACAGUUUGCUGAAGAGGUCGUCGCAGCACUACCUGAGUAUGAUAAGUUCACCCGGGGGAGCCAGCAAUGCAUGAGGAGGAAUCUGAGGAAUGAUUACAUUCGUUUUUACCCUAAAGUUUUAAAGUUUGGUCGAAUCUGAUGAUGGAAUCUCAGACUCAACAGUGUGUCUGUCAGUGAUAUAUGUAUAGUUUUUUUUUAAAUAUUAGGAUGAAAUUGUAUUUUUAGUUAAUGCUACUUAUGAUAAUGUUUUUUUAAUGGUACACAUCAAUUUUUGUUUUUAUCUUUAUUAUUAUUAUUUUUUUUUGUAAGUAGAUGUAUUUUUAUGGAAACAAUAUUUUUUCUUUUAGUUCUAUGAAAGUAUUUCAUAAUAGCUCCGUGCCAUGUAUGUAUUUAAAAAUUUUGCUAGCUUUUUGAUGUCAAGAUCUGUGCCAUUGUGAUAACCAGUGACUAAAUGUGAUUAGGUGUGUAAAGUGUAAGCAGUGUAUCAUAUAUUUUUAUGUCGAGGGUAUUAAUGUCUGUGAACAACCCCAGUAUAUAUAUAUACAUAUAUAUAUCUUUUUACAGAGACUAUGAAAUGUAAUUGUAAAAGACAAUACAGUAGGAAAACUGA